CCAUGUUGGAGACCUUCUCCCCCACGUGAAGCUUUUCCGCGUCAGACGUCGGCCGGUGUGUCUGGAACAGAUAUGCUUCAAUUUUGCGAGUGAAGUUCCUUCCGAGUGUUCACUAUGGAACCCAAGUACGAAUAUACGAGUGAGCUCAACUUGUACCAGGUGAACUACAUGCGCAACUCAAAAGCCAUCGGAGUACUGUGGGGAGUGUUUACUAUAUGCUUCGCCAUCAUCAACGUAGUGGUAUUCAUCCAGCCCCAUUGGUUGGGUGACACGAAGGAAUCCCGAGGCACUGGUCAUUUUGGUUUAUGGCAGUUUUGUCACUUGAUUCAGGAUGGCCAGGAUGUCACCUGCCAAGGCAGACUGGAUGAUUUCAGUUCCAUCCCUUCGGCUGCCUUUCGAGCGGCCACUGUCUUUGUUGGAUUAUCCGUGGUCAUGAUUCUGCUAUGCAUCUGUUGUAUGCUGCUUUUCUUUGUGUUCCACUCGUCAACGGUUUUUCAUAUCUGUGGAUGGAUGCAAGUCUUUUGUGCUGUCUGCAUGGUCAUCGGUGUGCUGACAUUCCCCGCUGGCUGGGACGCUUCCGUUGUCCGAGACGUGUGUGGCGCAGACGCAGCUGAUUAUGAUCCUGGUCAGUGCGGCAUCCGUUGGGCGUACAUCCUAGCAGUGAUCGGCGUAGCUGACUGCGGUGUCCUAGCUGCUCUUGCAUUCGUACUGGGCACGCGCUACGUGAAACUGCUACCCGACCAGUACAUCGCCAAUGGUUCGCUCUACAAAGGUGAGGUGAACAGUGCCUACAUGGCGGACAACCAGUCUACAGCGUCCCGCAAGUCCAUGAACCUUCAACCGGUCAUGCUGAUGCCUGGCGGAGGCCACGACAACGACCGUUUCUCCGAGUAUUCUCACCGGACAUCGCGGUCAAAAGGUGCUCCAAACUAUCGCUCCGAAUACUCGACGUCCAUGCACAAUUUCCAGCUCUAAGGGCCAGAAGUCGGAACGCUUGUCAAGUUGCAGUUACCAUCGACAAGAUUAAGUAUAUCAAUGGUGCCAUCGGUAAAGUAAUAUCAUGCAACUUUCUUGAAGGCAGCACUUAUACUUUCAUCUACGCGGUGGCCGCCAUUUUUACAAAUUUGGAACUGUUUAAUUGUCAUUUGAUGACAUAAAGCGACAACGAACACGACUUCUUUCAUAGCCCUGCCUAAAGUCAGCAGGUGGACGGUUACAAUAGAACGGCGUGUUCCAAGGCGACUAAUUUUCAGAUAACUGCUGUGGGACAGUGCGUGGAAAAGGAAGCCAUAGCAAAUCAGUUGUUUGCUACAAUCAUGCAACAGUCGCAGCAGUUGUCCAUGUUCCUGUAAUAUGUAUGGUUACUUGACAGAGGGAAUUCUAUGCAAUACGUGCCCGAAAGUGCUGAAAAUGUCGUGUACAACAAGUCCGAAUUGAAUGCAUCCGAGGACCUACUGUUGUCAUCUACGCUUCAGAAGAUACAUUACUGUAAUGGAAACAAUAAUUUUAUCUCAUUCCAUUAUAUUUAAGUCAUCCGUCUUACUCAUAAAACAUAAUUCUUCCUUUUUAAGUGUCACAUGCACGGUGGCCCAGUGUGCUUUACCGCUAACAACUUUUAAUUUAAACUAUGAAUGCUGCAACUACGUUUUUGUAGUGAGUCCCAAAUGAAGGUUUUAUUCUGCGUUAACAAGUCAGAUUAUUUGUAACCAGUCUGUUAGACGGUCAGUUAAGAGUUUGCUUCUUUGUUGGGAAUGGCACAUAUAAAUAAUGUAUGUCAUUUUCCAUUGUCGCUAACAAUGUUGGUAUGAAUAAAACAUUUUACGGACGGCA